UUUCCUCUGUAAACUAUAAAAGUAAUUAUAGAAAUAUUACCCAAAAAAAUCAAAACAUUUAAAAUGAACGAGGAAAUUGAUGAAUAUGAUAUGUAUCAUCAGGAUUUCACAACAGUUUCUGAUUGGGAAGUGUUUAUAGCACGAAUAGAAGAAAUAUUGAAUGAGUGGAAAUUAUGUAAAUCUAAAAUAUCGAGCCCUAUUGACUACACAAAGAAAUGGGUAUGCAAAGCUGAAGAGUUCACUUUUCAAGGGGUAAAAUUUAUAAUUUCCUAUCAUACUCUUGAACAUACCACCAACGCUGAAAGGACUCAGGAAUCCGAUGAUAAAGCUAUCUUGCUAGAAAUACAAAAUAAUAUGUGGGAAGCGACAUCUCAGUUCAUGGAAGACAAUGAUGGCAGUCCUUUCCCUGUGUCCAAUUGGUAUGGUUUAAAACGAUAUUUAAUGCUGUGUCCCAGCAUACCACUUGUGGAUGGUAGUCUCAUAAAAGUUGUUAUGAGUUCUGUGAACAUAGCUUUUGCAAAUGUUGAUUGUGGUAUACCUUUGUUUGUAAAGAUCAGAGAACACUGGCAGCAAAACUAUUUAGGCUUCUAUGAAGAUAAUGAGUAUAAAAUUAGUUUUGACACAAUACAUUUGAAGCGAAUAUCAAAUCAAUGUUCUCAUCUAAGUGGCCUCAUUAGUUUAUUUAAAUCAAAAAUUGCCUCUCCUGUUGCCCUAGAUACUGUACUAGUAUCUGCUAAAUAUUCUUAUGAAUUGAAGGAUGCAGAACCUUUUUCUUGGAAAAAGACUAAUCAUUUAAACGAAUAUUUGUCCAUUGAUGGAUUUGAUGUAAAAAAAUUAACAGAAUUGCCAUUUGGUUCUGAUAAAAAUCCAAUUAAUAGUAUACUAUUGAAUGCUAUAUGGCCAAGGUUUAGAGAAUCUACUAUUGUUGAUUCUUCAACAUAUUCUGAUAUUGAUCCCAUAAUGGCUCCAACAUGGACAAUUACAUUCAAAAUGAGGGACAACAUUCAAUGUCAAUUAUCUGAGACUAUUGCAAACAUGAUGGAAUUGUUGGAUAAUGACAAUCUUCUUAUGGAUAUCUUAGGUUUGAGUAAAAGCCUUGGUCUUGUUAAUCCUUUACACAAAAUAACUGAAGCGCCUAUAACAAUUUCAAAGCUUGUAAAGGCAGCUAUUGGUCAAAGUUCCAGCGUUUAUGAGUUCAAGGGGCCUAUAAAUGAUGACUUACUUAUGCCACUGUUGUAUUAUGUGUUUCCUGAUGCUGUUGAUGACACUGGUUUUAAGUAUCCCUCACAAAUAGAGAUUAAACAGCCUGACAGCAGUGAACCUAAAUUAUGUAAUUACAUUAAGACAAGCCCUGAGCUUGGUUUAGUGUGGAGGAUGUCAGUUACUGCUGCACGGCUGCAUGAUGCUGGGGGUCUUCCCUACCUGGCACAUCUUUGGUAUGAAUUUACGCAAGAACUUCAGUACCGGUGGGAGCACCGAAUAUUAGUUCCUGGAGUUGCAGAGGGCAAUCCCAACGCUCGCACAUGCUUACUUCAUCAAAAAUUACAGCUUCUCAAUUGUUGCAUUAAAAGAGCACAAGAUGGCACCGGAAAUUUUACUGGCACCUCUUCGGAUGAUGAAUUUUAUGAUUGUUCUGAAGGAGAGGACGGUGAGGAACAGCUUCCGUGGAAUAGACCCGUGGGGAGACUUCAUCGUCUUGCAGAUGCUACUCUUAAAUCUGGGGCGCCUCUAUAUGUGCCAAGGACUCAGGACCCUGCACCAAAAACCGAGGAUCAACUAGAGGAAGAUGCCGAGCUGAUGGUACGACUAGGAGACGAUGCUCGCGCUUCCGAGCUUCGAGCUAGAAUGAUGAGUGCAUCAUUGUUAUCAGAUAUGGAGGCGUUUAAAGCGGCAAACCCCGGUGCAGAGUUGUGUGAUUUUGUACAAUGGUACUCUCCACGCGAUUGGAAAUCUGAUAAUGGUGGUGAGCUGGGAGAUCGAAUGCUUUUACCGGGUAACCCUUGGGCAGAAACUUGGAGUGUUGCUCGGCCAGUUCAAGCCGCACGCCAACGAAGACUCUUCGACGAGACUCGUGAAGCGGAGCAAGUUUUGCAUUUUUUGCGUUCUCGAUCAGUAAGUGCUGUAACUGAACUUCUUUUACCUGCUAUAUUAAAAGCAGGCGCAGCGAAAGCGAUAGCAGAAGGUGCUCCAGGAAGUACUACGUGUAUUGGUGGAAUGGACAAAAGGCGCACUUUCGAGAUAGCUGCCCGAGAGAUCUAUGAAGCCGAAAUAGAGGCAUGUAGAUCCUUUUGUGUGCGUACCGUCCUCGACAAAAGUGUCGAAGGAAUGCCUUUAGAUGCCGCCGGACGUACUAGAAUCUUAAAUGCAGCUGGUGGUACUCUACCACCGCCAGCACGACGGGAGUUCUCUCUAAGAGUUAAGGAUGCUGUAUCCCCGCAAGUGAUGAGAGCAGCUUUAGCGACUGAUAUGACCAUUAUAGGUGCGUUUACAGAAAGUAUUGUGUGUUUGUAGCAGAGUACUGACGAUAUGUGAACGGUGAUAAGUCUUCCUAUUUAAAUCAUAUAUUUCAACAGUGUGUCGAUUAUCUUUUGUAUAUAUAUCGAUUACUUUUAUAAAUCUUGUAUUGUUGAAAUUAAGUGUAUAUUGUGUAGAAGUUUAGUAUAUAAUUAGUGAAACGAUAAGAUUACGUUGAUGAUUUUAGAUUUUUACAUCGAAGUAUGUUUUGAGUUUCGGAAUAUAUUUAUAGAUACUAAGUAAAUGCGCUAGCUUAUAUUUUUUUUUUAUUUAAAUUCAAUUAAUAAACUGUUAAAUUUUCAUAAGUAGUCGCCUAUGUUAUUUUAAAGAAUAACUAAAGUACAAAGCUGGUUUACAAUACCUUACCUAAAUUUCGAUCUCCUUGACAUGACCUCUCGUGCCGCCCGCUUACCAGACCAAUUAACUUUAUGUGGAAAAGUUCAUUCAUUUAGCAAUUUCAUGUCAUUUAACGUCUUCUAAUUAUCGAUAUCCUGCGUGUUAUUUGUUGGAUAUUUGUCUAAUGAUAAAACUAUUCGC